UAAGAGCACAUUUUAUAUAUCCAAUUAAAUAUUGCAUGAAACAUAUAAUACCAUUAUCAUUAUAUCAACUCUAAGGUGAGGUAUUACUAAAGAAUGAAGCUACAGAGGGAUUCUGCACAUCAUUGAAGACAUUCUUGAAGGAGAAGUGACAGUCUGGGCAUGAAUCAGACCUCGAUGUCUGCAUCAGAGUUUGUUCUGCUUUGUACGAUCGAUUCCCAGAAGAAAAGCUACGCAAUUGCUAUCCUCACGAUGGUCUACUUGGUGACGCUGUUUGGGAAUUUCAUGGUAAUUCUAGUCAUAGUAAUGAAUCCUCAUUUGCAGAAGCCUAUGUAUGUUGGCAUUGCUACUUUAGCUGUAAUCGACUUGGUUGGUAGCACAAAUAUUACUCCCAAACUAAUCGCUGUCCUUUUAGACUGGGUGGCUAUUCCUUACGGACCUUGCUUGCUUCAGCUGCUUUUGGUGUUAUAUUUAGGGGGAGCAGAAUCUUUUCUUUUGGCUUUCAUGGCGUGUGACCGUUAUGUGGCAGUUGUUCAUCCACUGCGAUAUUCUACACUCAUCACAAAAAGAACUGUCUGGGCCGCUAGUACAUUAUUACAUAUUGUUCCAACUGCUUUUAUUGUAACUCAUUUAGUUUUAAUCACCGAGCUUUCUUUUUGUAAAACUAAUAUUCUAAAUUAUUGUUUUUGUGACUAUUCGUCACUAGGCAAAAUAGCCUGCAAUGAAAAUCCUAAAUACUUUGUCAUUUUGUCAGUCGCUUCUUUUGUGUUUGGUGUUUUUCCAAUUGCAUUUGUUUUACUUUCCUAUGCAAGGAUUGCUUACGCUGCUCUGAAGAUCUCAUCUGUUGAUGGAAAGAGGAAGACUCUGAAUACGGUAACCACUCAUCUUCUGGUGGUGGGACUGUUCAAUACUCCCCUUUUAAUCUCCCAUAUGUUAACUGGAGUAGGAGUGAAGCUGUCCACUGAAGCAUACAACACCUUGAUAAUUGUAGCAAAUAUCGUGCCGCCAAUGUUCAACCCCCUGAUAUACAGUUUCAGAAACAAGGAGAUCAGAAGCAGCAUCUUGAAACUUUUUAAGAAAUCUGCAUAAAAUAUGCCACACAUUCCAGAGAUUUCAUAUUUGUGAUUUAUGAACAGUGAGGAGACCCAUACGCUGUAUUACAGUACCUCUGUACAUUUACUGUGUCAUUAAUGUCAAUAGAAUACAUACAACAUUUGUCUUAGAGUAUUUUAAAAAUGUUAGCCAUUCCUGUUAGUUAUAAAAGAGACUAUUCUGCCAUAUGAUUUCUCAUUUCCUUUUUCUUUUUUAUUGAAUUUAUUAA